CGCUACUUGUUUGAAUUGAUCUAGUAUCGGAGUUUAAAUUAAAGCUAGAAAUUCGAACUUAAUAAAACCGCGAAUAUUUGUUGCUUUCUAUUGAAUGAUACCGAUAGUUUGUGGUGUUUCAAUCACAAACUGUAAAAGUAAAACGAUUUCUAGUAGUUUUGCAUUUAUUUUAAACAUGGAUCUUAUCAAACAUUUGGAAGCUCUGAAACUUUUUGUUCAAGAGGACCCUAGUACCAGGGAGUCAAAUGUAGAUGAAUGUCUUGAUGUCAUUAUCCAAACAGUUACAUCUAAUUCUAAAGAAUCCAGUUCAAGGGCCUUUGUUGAGAAACUUCUUUAUGAAGGACUGGCUGAGUUAGUGAUUGAUCUUUUAAAACCACCUACAAAAUUAUCCUCAACUCAGACAACUAAGCUGAUAGAACUCAUUGCAGAAGUUGCAAAAUGCGAACAUGCCAGAAAAUCACUUUCUGAUCCAACCGUUGUUUCUACCUUAUUAGAGUUACUGUCUAGCAAAGACAACCAAGUUGUUCUACAGUCUUGUCGGGCACUAGGAAACAUUUGCUUUGACAAUGAUCUGGCUAGAGGUAUUGUGAAAGAUCAUAAGGGCGUGGAGAAACUAGUCCAUCUGUUAAAAAGUCUCUUAGAGAUGAAAGAGAUGCCACACAACUUGCGAGCUACUGCUUCAGGAUGUUUGCUAAACAUGACUGAGACUUGUGAUGAAACUCAAGAACAGGCUUUAAAAGCUGGAAUUACAGAUGUCUUGUUGCAGUACCUUUCCAGAUAUCACAGUGAUGAAGACCUUGCCAGCCACUGUCUUCUUGUCCUCAACUGUCUAGCUGAUUAUGAUACUGGCAGGGAAAUACUGGUUGAAAAGACUUCAUUAUCGUACUUGCUUGAAAUUUUGGAUAAGAAUUUAACAUCAGAAGUCUUGGAAACACUAUUAGAACUUUUCGGCAACUUACUUGAAAAUGAUAACGUGAAACUGCAGUUGGCAGAAUUAGGAUUCUGUCAACAACUUCUAGCACUGAUGAAGAAGUGCCAAGAUGGAGUUUACAAUGAAGAAAGUCAUAAUAUUCUUAAGACCUUGUGUGAUCUGAUUGUCUUGAUCUUAACAGGAGAUGACAGUAUGGAGAAACUGUAUGGUGGAAGAAUGUCAGAAGUUUACAAACAAACCAUGAAUUGGAUUUGUUCAGAUGAUGAAAAUCUUCAGAUUGGUGGAGCACUGGCUGCAGGAAACUUUGCCAGAAAAGAUGAACACUGUAUUCAGAUGGUUAAGGACCAUGUUCCAAAAGACUUAAUAGAACUCCUUAAGAAACACUGUGGAAAAGAUGGAGAUAUAAGACUUCAACAUGCUGUCCUCUCGGCUCUUAAAAAUCUGGCAAUUCCAAUGGAGAACAAGGCAGUAUUAGUAGAACUUGGUAUUGUAGACCACUUACUGAAGAUGGCUGAAGUGGAAACGUAUCCUGUAGUCUUUAAACUGCUUGGAACUCUUCGAAUGCUUGUGGAUAAACAAGAGAAUGUGGCCAACAGACUUGGAGUGGAUUCUACUUUUAUUCAGCAGCUUGUGAAAUGGGGUUACACUGAAGACCACCCUGGAGUGAAAGGAGAAGCAGUUCGACUACUGGCUUGGUUGGUGAAACAUUCGAGGUCCACCGUGGUGAUGCAACUAAUAAUCAAGGAAGGGGGUGUUCCCCAGUUUGUGAACAUGAUCCAGUCGGAACAUCAAAUAAUGCAGAAUGAAGCACUUUUGGCUCUCAUCAUAAUGGCUGACACCGUGUUAGGUGAGAUUACCAAGGAUUUCCAGAAAUCUGGUUUGAGUUCUGUGGUUAAUAUACAACUUCAACAAGAUGGACUUUCUUCAGAAACUCUCCAGAAUAUGUUAACCCUUAUUGCCUCUGUUGCUGCUACAGAGACAUUAAAACUAGAAUUCCAGGAGUUGGGAAUGAAAAGUGAACUGUCUCGUCUAAGUGAAAGCACUGAUAAGGAAGUGUGUGAAAGAGCCAAAGUUUGCCUCAACCUUCUUCAUUCUACUCCUUGACUUUUAAAACAGAUACAGUUAAUGAUAAACAUGGGAAAAAGUCAAGAAAUAUGAAUCACUAAGUGAGAAUUUUGCACCUUAUGUUUGUCACUUGUACUAAAUAUAUAUACAUAUACAGUAUAUACACAUAAUCAGAAGUGAGAAAGUUUGUCAAUAAUGUAAAGUGAUCAGAACUGCUACUUAAUCACUAAGUGAAAAUUUUGCAUGUUAUGUUCGACACUUGUACUAAAUAUAUACAUACAUACAUAUAUAGUAGUAUAAUCAGAAGUGAGAAAGUUUGAAGAUAAUGUAAAGUGAACAGAAUUGCUACUUAAGUACGAUCGUUCUUUAUGUAUGGAAACACAUUUCCUAUCCAGACUUUUUAAAAAUACCUAGCACAGAAUUAUUUAUUCAUUUAAAACCUUUUGAGAAAUAGUUAAAUUUGUUUUAGAAUGUAGUCUUAGGUAUCUCCUUUUGAGAGCAGCAUAAAUUUUUUGUGUUAUGGAAAUUUUUAUCAAGCUGUUUCUUACUGUAAGGUAAUAAAACUUUUUUUUUAUGUGAUGACACUCGAAAAAAAAAGAAUGGGUAAAGCUGUCUUAUCACAUGUAUUUAAAACUUGAAAAAUAUAUUAUAAAGACCAUAUAUCUACAGUUUGAAACAAUAGCUGAUUCAGCAAACUACUGAUCAAAUCUGGACAAGAGAUUAAAUUUUUUUAUCUGUAAAUUUCUGCAUAAAAAUGGCCAUUGACAUCUUGUAACAAAGCCAUUUCUAAUUGAAACAUUUAUUAAACUAGAGUUAAAUAAUAGGGUGUAUGAAUAAGUGUAGCACAAGAGUAGCAAGGGUUAACAUAAUACACCAUCACAUAAAGGACAAUACCAUAUUCAUGGAAUGUGAAAUUAUAAAUCCUAAAUCUUUUUUUUUUCUUUCUUGUUUUCUUUUCCAACAAAUUUUGUUUCAAAUCAAAUUUGUGUACAGAAACAGAUUAUGCUCAUACAAUAAUAAAUUGAUAAUCAAAAAUUUAUACUCUUAAUAAAAGUUAUAUUAUGUAGAUUGUAGAGAAAAUACACGUUUGAAUACAAUAUUGACCUGUUGAAAUAUAUAUUGUGCAUUCUCUGCAUAAAAGAAUAUUCAUUAUGUCGAUAAAUCAUUCUUUGUCAAUUUACUAUUGUAUUAAAAUCACAAAUCAGUUCAACAGAGCAAGGAAUUUUAAGUGUGUAGAAUGUGAGAAAUAAUAGAACACACAAUACCUGCAUUUAGUUACAUUUUAGAAAUGGUAUUUUAAAUGUUAUAAAAUGUAUUGUUUAAAGAAUGAACAACAUUAUAUCUCAUUUGUUUCACCUAAGCUAUUUUUUUCAAAAAUGACUAAUUUUUGUCUUUUUUGCUUAAUUAUUAUUUCAUGGGUCUGCGUUGGGAAAGCUUAAAAUUUCUUUGUUCGGUUCCUCCAGUCAGUCUGUUUAACUCGAGCAUUGGAAGUUAACAAAAUCUCUGUUAAAAAAAAACUGUUUAUGCUAAUUAAGUAAACAGUUGUAUCUUUUCAGUGAUUUUUUAUUUCUGUUUUAUAAACAUUUACGGAUGUACAGAUUACUCUGCAUCAGUUCUACAUAAACAAAGGACAGAAAACUUAAUAUAUAUAUAUAUAUAUAUAUGUAAUUUUACAUUAUUAUAUCAAAUAGAUGCAAUGUAUGGAGCUGUACAUACACGGGCAUUAACUUAAAACCUUUUCUUUUAAACCUAAUGCAUAAAAAGUUUGUAAUUGUAGUUACAUUGUAUCAUUGCAGCUGAUAUCAUUUUAUUGAUAUAAGUAAAAAAAUACCCCAAUUUUUAUCAAACUAGAAAGAGUGCAAUCAAUUAAAAAAACAGUAUAUAAUUGUUUUGCUCCUGCUGUUUUUUUGUGCUAAUACUUUUAACAUCUGUGUGCUUGGAUAAAAAGGUGUUGUUAAUUAGAGUUACCCAGUAGUCUAAUGAAUAUGCUAUGAAGAUGUUUUUUAUAUUCUGGAUAUAAAAUGGAUAAGUUUGUUGCUUUUGUGUCUUUCACUGUUACUUUAACAAGAGUUAUUUUUUACAUCUUAUAUGUAAACAGUGUUGUAGUUUUCAUUCUUGGAAUUUCAAAGCAGCUCUUAAGAUAUUGUAUAUGAUAUACUUUUUAUUCAUGUUUUAAGGAGACGUUAUACAGAAGUAUGGUUUGAAGGUACACGAGAAAACCAGUUUAAUCUGGCCACAUUUCACAAAGUAAUUGCAUGUUGUAAUCACACCAAUUUCGUGAAUCCACUGUUAGUAAUUUUGGAUUAAAUAUCUGUAUGUAUGGUUUGUUUUAUUUUUUUCUUCGAAACAUUCCUUUGAUGGGGUUGUGCAAGAGUGAAAAGAUCAUAAAUAAUUUGUUUCCAAAUUUUUUCCCUGAAUUAAGUAUUCGUGGUGACUAAACUGAAAUGGACAGCAAUUGCCUGUUGUAAAAACACAAGUGUAGAGGAUGACGUUUCAAAAGUCUUUAGUCUUCAGGUCAAGACAGAAGACUUUCGAAACAUCAUUUCCUACACUUGUGUUUUUACAACAGGCAAUUGCUGUCCAUUUCAGUUUAGUCAUCAGUACAUUAUGCUUUUUAAAGUAAUUGUUAACAAGUUUAAGUGGUUUAUAAUAGGUCACACCUCACAUUUUAGUGUAUUGUAGAGACAGAGAUUAAAGGUGUUUUAUUGUAUGCAUUAUUGAUCUCAGUAUGAGCUCGACUGUGAAACCAAAGGAAUUUGCUUCCUUUGUACUUCAGUAGGUUUAAACAUUUUUGUGUGUAAUGAAAAAUUGUUUUAGACUUAUGCUAGAUGAGCUAUGGUUAUGGUGUUUUGUGCACUAUAACAAACUAUUUAUAUAAAGUUAUUUACCUAGAAAUUAGCUGCAUGUAAAGUCUUGAAGAUUAAAUUAUUUUGUACAUGGUAAAUUAGGAGUAUGUGAUGUAAAAAGCUUUAUUGGUUUUUGUAAUGUAGUGAUAUUGAAGCAUUAAGAAUAUUGUUAAACCUACAUACAUUUUUGCUCUAGAGGUUUUCUCAAGUUUAAAAUUUUUUGUUUACAAAAUAGUGUGAUGUGUUUGAGGAUAUUUUUACUUUUAAUAGCAUUUUAUCUUGGUAUGAGUGAAAUAGGCGAAAACCUGAAAUUUCUGUCCUUCAAAGACAGAUAAAUGACACAUAUUUACAAAAUGUUGAGUUAUUAUAAGAUGUUUCUGCUCAGCAUUUGAAUUGUAUGAGUGUGUGUGUGUGUGUGUAUUAAAGAUGAAGCAGUUACAGAAAAUUUGUAAAUUAAUAGUGUUUUAUUAAUAGCCUACAAGUGUUUACUAAGGAUCUUAAUUAAAGUACAACAUAAAUUAGUGGGAUAGAAUGAAAAAUACUUAUAUUGAAGGAUUACAGUACCAUGUCUAGAAUACUUGCGUAUUGCAAGAUCUAGUUUGUUGGUGCUAUUACACCAUGUAUCUUUAACUUUGGAUUUGUUUUAUUACAAUUAAAUAUUUUAAAACUGAGUAAAGAUAAAUGUAGGAAUGGUUUUCCAUUUAUUUCUGUAUUUAUUUUUAUAUAGUGUUUUGCAUAAAGCUAAUAAAAAAUAAUAGUACUUUAGUACUGUUUGAUAGAAGCUAAUACUGUUGAAUUGUAGACUUUUCAGAUUUUUUGGUAGUCAUGCUUAUCAACGUAGUGUAGGAUAUAACUACGACAGUAUAUAUAUAAUCCCUCAAGAGCUAAGACUAAUAUUUAACUUGCUUGAAUUUAGAAGUGACAUUCCAUAAUUUAGGGCAACUUUUAGAAGCCUUGGAAUCUCUUAGCAACUAGUAAAUGAGUGGGUUAUAUCAAUCGAAUAUGUAUUUGUAAUUGUUUAGAUUUUUGUCAGAAGUUAUAAUCUUAUUCAAUUAUUGUAACAUUGUAUAGCUUAAUUAAUAUUGUAAAAAUAUCAUUUCUCGCUUAAGAUUUUCUAUGCACCUCAGGAAAGUUAUUGAAUGUGAUAGAUUAAAUCAUGUUCUACUUCUGUGAUCUUAUUUCUAACUAUUUUUGUGUUUUGGAUAUUGCACGUUUUUUUGUUGUUUUUUUAACAGAUCUGUCAUUGUAUUAAAUUCAACAUUCUCUCAGUGUUUGUUUUUUAGAUGGUGUUAUGUGUAUUUAUUUCACUGAAUAAAGUGCAAUAUUUUUUUUGUUUGAA